AUGAUCCUCUCGCGUCUCAUCUCCAUCUUCCUGCGCUUCGGCCAGUUCGUCUGCGCUGCCGUCUGCCUUGGUCUGUCGGCCUGGUUCCUCCACGAGAUCCACGAUGGAAGCAGCGGUCCCCAUAAACGUACCAUCUACGUUAUUGUCAUUGCUUGCAUCUCCCUCGUCACCUCGCUGAUCUGGAUGAUUCCCUUCACUUUCACCUUCUUCCACUAUCCGUUUGACUUCAUCCUCAGCCUGGCCUGGUUCGCGGCCUUUGGCGCCCUCGUCGAAUACAUCAACAGCGCCAACUGCGGCGGAGUCUUCCACUGGAGCGGCCUCUACCGCGGCGGCUGGUGCGACAAGUGGAAGGCCAAUGAGGCCUUUGCCUUCAUCGCCGCCUGCUUCUGGCUCGCCAGCACCAUUCUCGGCGCCUGGGUCUUCCACAAGAAGUCUCGUCCCGUCGUCACCGAUGGCGCUUCCCGCAGCCGCUUCGGACGUCGCUCCUACGUCUAA